GGCCUCCGCCAAAAAGCACAAUACUUUGCCUGCUGAGUUAUAUGGUCAAAAUCAAUAAUUUCGUUUCUUGUGUCAAACCACCAAUCAGCCCCAUCCGAGAUUAGAAACAGGAAAGAUGUCGCAAUCCGCACCAGUGCAAAAGUUGCCUAACGAGGUGGUGCAUAUGAUCUUAUCGUAUUUCAAUCCUGUUCAAUUGACGAAAUUGGAAUUGGUUUGUCAACAAUGGCAUGAAGUAUCACGAUCUCGUGAAACACUUUGGCGAGAUGCUCUUUGUGAUACUCGUCUUAUUGAACUUUCGAAACAACGUGAUCCGUUUUUGCAUGCUUUGCUAGAAAGAGGCGGUCGAAAAUUAACCGAUUUGGCAAUCGAGAUCGAUAUCAGUAAAUGCGAUCUCAACUGCGUACGCAGGCUUUGCAAGAUCUUGGAAGCCAGUGAUGUUCGAAAUCUUUGGUUGGAAAUCAUGCCGGGUGUUUCUGCAAGUCAUUCGCAGAGACGAUAUGAUGCAUUGAUAGAUAGAUACCUCAAAGCGUUAGGGGAGCUUUUCGUUAGCAUAGGAAAUUGUUCAUAUUUGCAAUCCUUGCAUAUCGAAACCUAUGGAGUUUUUGGAGAGCGUCUUCCUUCUGCAAUGAUGACUCAGCCGAUCGCAAAUUGCAAGCUGGAAAGGUUAAGCUUAAAGUGCUUAGGCUGUACUGCCUUGUUCGAAAAUGGAUUGCUCUUCAAAAUGUUGUCAAAGGCCCGGGUGAUUCAAUUAGAGUACGAAGGAGGGGCCAUUUCGGAAGAGAACGCAGUCAAACUAUUAGACAUGACUAAAGAAACACUAGAAGAUUGUCAUUUGGACAUCAUUGAGCAGAUUGAACCAUCUAAAGUGCUCGAAAAUAAGACGAUUGUCUUUCCCAAGCUCCUUAGGCUUUUUAUAUCCAUAGUGGAAAAGCGACAGGAUGACGUCGAAGAAGGAGCUCAACCAGUUUCAGUAGCAAACACUUUUCGAAAAAUUCAGCUACAAUGCCCAAAAUUACGCUUAGUCUAUUUUGAAGGAAAGAUUCCGCAUAAUCUUUACGAGAAUCUUUUGACUGAAGAUAUUGAGGCAAUCUACUUUACCGCUUUGGACCCUCAAUACCUUCCCGAUACUAGCCUCCUUCGAAAAUGCACAACGUUGGAAAGGAUCAUCGUGCAAAAUGUUGAAAGCAUGCCAUAUAUUUUCAUUCACCAUGUGCUCACGAUGACCUCACAAGCAAAUAUCAAGGAAUUCAUAGUGGAUGAUGACGAAAGGUAUCAUGCAAAUCACAUUGUUCAGAUGAUCAAGCGACGGCAAGAAGAUCCGAAUGCAAAAGAUAUAGAAUUAACAUUUCUACAAGGAAAGCCUACUUUGAGCAGACAAAGCUUGAACUGGUUAAUAGGAAAUAAUGUUGGCUUCUUUCAUGCUCAUCCAUAUCUCUGGGAAAAGGUGAUGAAAUGCUCAUUCGAAGAAAUCAAGGAUUAUAUAGACUUUGUUCUAUAUUAUUCGAGGAGUACACCACUUCUCGACAGGCGAGACUACACAGGUGUACCAAUCUGCGGUCUGUACUAAUCUCUGUAGCUACAGUACAGUGAUUUGAG